AUGAGGCGCUUUCUGAGCCGCAAGGGCCGCUUCUCACUGCGCCAGAGCAAGUCUGGACCUCGCGGUGCCUCCAAAGAUUUCUGUAAGUCUUUACUUUAAUUCCUUUUUAUUAUUCCUCUUAUCUGCUUCAUCCCUCUCUUCUGGAGAGAGGAGGAGAGACAGAAGAUAACAAAAGGACUAAAGCUGUGUGUGUAUCUAGGUCGCAGGCUUCACAACUAUUUCAGAUUUGGAGAAGGGAGAAGAAGGCUGUGGGAAGUUAAACUCGACGGUGGGGUUGUGUGUCCUGGUACAUCAGAGAAAUAAAUGUUUGAUUUAACCAAUGUACUUUCUCACAGGUCUAAGAUGUCCCAAUUUAUUUUGACACGUUACUUUAGACUUUGUUGUUUUAUGACACAAUACAUGGAGGCUUACAAAGUGAAAAAUAGAACGACGUGUUCUCACUUGCUGUGUUCUGAACUUUUAUCCGGAUAAUCCGGGGCUCGUACAUUUUCAUAACACCAUCACUUUUUUAUUUUCCCUGCAAAGGCAGUGUAGAAAUAUGUCAUGAUGCCACUGUAGCCAGAGUUUCUCUUUUGAAUUGUCUCAAACUGAUCUAACCCUGACCAUCCAUUUCUUGUUCAACAUACCUAUACACAUUGGUGCUGAACGAGAGAGAGAAAGAGAGACAGAAAGAGAAACAGAAAGAGAGAGACAGAAAGAGAGAGAGAGAGCGACAGACAGAAAGAGAGAAAGAGAGAGAGUGUGUGUGUGUGUGUGUGUGUGUGUGUGUGUGUGUGUGUGUGUGUGUGUGUGUGUGUGUGUGUGUGUGUGUGUGUGUGUGUGUGUGUGUGUGUGUGUGUGUGUGUGUGUGUGUGUGCGCGCGCGCACGUGUGUGUCUUCAUGCACCCCUUGCUAAUGAGUGAAAGAUUGCCACUUAAGUCAUUGACUUGUACUGAAAUUGCAUAAACUGCCUGCUGUAGUCAUGGAACCCAUUAAUCUUUUCAUUAAACAUUAAUCCUCAUAGGAUUACAUUAUCAUAUGGCCUAUUAAAAUGAAUGAGGCUGCAGCUGUAGACUCCAGUGUUAGGAGGUUAACAGUCUGGUACAGGAGAGAAAGGAGAAUGAAUGGGUACAUCUCAAUACUCUAAAGACGUUUCCUCCUGUUGUAUCCAGCUUUCCUUCAACUGCCCUGAUCUGAAACAACUGGACAAGAGAAAGCAAGUAAUUUUGAUAGGCCUGUCUCUGCCACUUUGCCUUCAGCUAUCGCGUCUGUUCAGAUCAGUGCAGAUGCGUGAGAGGAAACAAGGAUAGGAAGCCAUUUUAGAGUAUUGAGUUGCACCCGUUGACUGCAGUAUGAGAAUGAGGCCAGUGACCAGGGGAGGGCCAGCAGUUCAGAACAGAAAGAUAUGACAGACAGGCUAAAACAGCAUCCUUCCCUCAUGUUCUGUUCCUCAUGAUCACUGGUCUUAAAGGAACUUGAAGGAACUUGAUCGGUAAAAACAAUAUGGUGGAAACGUAUUCAGUUUGACCUGUUCUUGAUGGAGAGGACAGGUGGUGCUUAUAUUUGAUCUCUCUAAACAUUGACUAUAUUCACUCUUCAGAAUAAAAUUAUAUUUAUUUGUUAUUGAUGAAGUUAUUUCUUAUUGAUUGCUAUUAUAUAAUAAAGUCAAGUUUUUUCCUAUAGUUGACGUUCCCCUCUCGAACCCUCCAAGCGGGGCGUUAUACUAUGGAGGUAUGAUAGUGUCUGUUAAAAACACACUGUGUUUGACCAUUGUGGAUGCCCCUUAAGAGCAGAAAAACCUUCUCAACCCAUUUCAUUUUUGUGAUGCUUCAGUCUCUGGUUCUCUCGCCCAUUCAGAUGAUGCUUUCCGUCAACAAAUGGGCUGUCCUCCAAUGAAUAAUCCAAUGAAUAUCAGUAAGACUUUUAAACUAGUUUCAAGUCCCAGAUCUGGGUUCAAAUACUAUUUUAAAUCUUUCAAAUACUUUUACAGUUUGCUUUAGCCUGCCUGGGGUUCCAGAUGGGUGGGAUUUGUAGUUUUGCAAACUAUUCCAUUGGUUCAGUUGUGCCGGGCAAGCUCAAUCAAGCCCAGAUAAAGUAUUUACAAUUAUUUCAAAUAUUAUUUGAACCCGGGUCAGUCAAGUACAGCUACAGUGUAGUAGUCUCUUCACUGCCGCUUGUCUCCGCCUCAGUGAGACAAGCAACUGUGAAAAGAGACUACAAUGUAGUUAAAGGUAGACUCAGCGAUACAAAUGUACCGUUAGCAGAUCGGGAUGACUUCCAAAACAUCAAAGAGCGCGAAGCAAGAGGCAAAUCUCCUCCGCUGUUGUUGUCACGCAGCUAUCACGUUGCAGGAGAGUGACGCAAACUCUCGUGAACAUGUGCAGAUGCUCUGUGGUGUGCAUGCUCACAAGUGCAGCCUCUUGCAUGGCACUCACUCUCCAGUAGCUUUGGUUCUUCACACAGCUGCUCAUAUCGCUGAGUCUCCAUUUAAAUGGUAUCAUAAUGUGACAUUGCAUGACAUUGUUAUUAAAAUAAUCUACACUCUUAUGCCCCAAAUACAUCAAGGUACCCUGGUUUUACCUGGGCUCUGUCUUCAGUGUGUUCAGGUCAUCCCAGGUUAUCAGACCCUGCUUUGGAUCCCUGGUCCAGAGGCAGGUCUGACCCUGGUCUUACCUGGGUCUCCACCAGUGUAUUUGGGGAAACCUGGAUUCUCAUUAUAGUUCCUGAAUCUCGCCACGCCUCCUACUGGUGUAAAACAAAUAAGUACCCAUAAUGUUUUACCAUUCUACCACAGCAGGAGGCGUGCAUGUGCCUGUGUCUAUAAUCUGCUAUAUUUGGGGAUAGUAUUUGAGAAAAGCAUGGACUCUAGACCUUGGUAAUAGCAGUGUUUGUGUUAGAAGUAUCCUGGUCCCAGAUCUGUUUGUGCUCUUGCCAACUACAUUGCUGUCAUUGCUAAGUCAAACAUGUUCCAUAAGGAGUUGUCAAGACAGCAGAAACAGACUGGCACCCAGGCUAUGUAUAACAGGCUUAAGUAACCAACCCAAUCCUGACUACUCUCCAGACCUGACCCUCCCGGCGACCAAUCAGAACUGGCCGGAGGAGUUUGGGUUCACUCUGGGGGGCGCGGGCCCCAGCUACAUCCUGUCUGUGAUUGAGGGCAGCAGUGCCUACCUGGCGGGCCUGCAGCCUGGGGACCAGGUGGUGGACAUCGAGGGCCAGGAGGUGUCCUCUCUCAGCACCCAGGCCUUGGUGGCCCUGGCACAGACUCUGAAGACUGUACCCCCCAGCAUCGGAGUGGUGUCACGCAUAGAACAGGUCUGGAACAGAUGGGAGAUCAUUUAGGCUUCAGUGAUGCAGAUAGUGGACAUUUGACCUCGGUUUUUCAUUAGAGACAUUUUUGAAAGGCAGAUAGGAGUUGUUUGUGACAGUGUUGUUGCAUGUUACAUAAGCCCCAGUGUGAUCACUACUACUGAUCUGGAACUGGGAGCUGGGUAACACAUAAGUCUAGGGCAAAAUGACAUGUACUUUUAAAACAACCUCCAUUACUUUCCAUGCAGAUACUUAUCAAAUAGACAGUUCAUUGACUUCACAUCUAAUUUUAAUCUGACUGUUGGUUCCCCUUCCCUAGAUGGACAUCAACCCAGGCCCCGACGGCCGUUUCGGCUUCACCAUCGUGGGAGACUGCCCCCUCCUGGUGGAUGACUGCCUGCCCAACUCCCCGGCGGGCCGCAGUGGCCUCCGGGCCGGCGACUACGUCAUGGAGGUCAACGGGAUCCCCGUCAAGCAUCACGAAACGGCAGCGGCCAUGAUCAAGGUGGCGCAGGGGCGCCCACUGCGUCUGGGCGUGCUCAGUAUGAGACGGAGGAUCAAGCGCCUCAGCCACAGUAUGAGGGAGGUGUCACUGAGCGGCGAUAGCGUCAGGCAGGACCGUGCACACAAGGCCCUGGAGUUUAACAAGAAGGUGUGUGGGUGGUAGGGGUGUGUGUGUGUAGGGUGAGUGUGUGUGUGUCUGCAUUUUUGUCUGUCUCUGUGUCUGUCUCCAUCUCCGACUCUGUCUCUGUCUCUGUCUCUGUCUCUGUGUCUGUGUCUGUCUCCAUCUCCGUCUCUGUCUCUGCGUCUGUCUCUGUGUCUGUGUCUGUGUCUGUCUCCAUCUCCGUCUCUGUGUCUGUGUCUGUGUCUGUGUCUGUGUCUGUGUCUGUCUCCAUCUCCGUCUCUGUCUCUGCGUCUGUCUCUGUGUCUGUGUCUGUGUCCUACUCCAUCUCCGUCUCUGUCUCUGUCUCUGUCUCUGUCUCUGUCUCUGUCUCUGUCUCUGUCUCUGUCUCUGUGUCUGUGUCUGUCUCCAUCUCCGUCUCUGUCUCUGCGUCUGUCUCUGUCUCUGUGUCUGUCUCCGUCUCCGUCUCCAUCUCUGUCUCUGUCUGUGUCUCCAUCUGUGGAGGUCUCCACACACACAAGCCCACAGAGGUCAACAGGAAGUUGUGUUUAUCUUCUUGCAGGUGGAGGAGGUGCUUGGUGAUGAGCCAGAUAUAAAGGAACAGCUGUUUGGUGUUCUGAAGCAGUACGCAGCCGAGAGGAAUGUGGAGAACCUAGCUGAAGCCCUCCCGGACAUCUUAACCAAUGAAGACCAUCAGCAGCUGAUUGACAGCGUCAGGUACCAAUCAGCUGAUUAUAACACACUGUCAUGCUGCCUCUUUGUGGCAUUACGUCAUGGUCAGAUUUUUAUAAUGAAGAGAUGUUGAAUAAGGGGUCAGACAAGAGCCCAGUUUCCCAAUAGCGAUGGAUCUUAAGCUUACGAAUGUUUUAACAAUGCAUCGUUCUUAUAACGGCCAAAGUUGUCACAUGCGUUUCCCAAAACACCACAUAGAGAGAACGUUCACUAAGUGCGUCGUUAGAAGGAGAAUGAUUCCACAAUACUGACAACGGAUCAGCUCCUAGAGAGAUAUUAUCACCUAUGGCUGCAAAUAUUGAGGCGACGUAGACUAUUCUAAUGCUUACCCUAUAAGGGACAGUUCGAAAUGUACUGGGGGGGUGUCAUAAUUAUUUAUUUUUUAACUCCCCAACAGUUGAAGAUUAUAUGGCAAAUAGAAAUCAAAACUGGAUGGUGUUCAGAGAUAGAUGAGAGGUGUUGAGGGGAGCUGAAGGGUGGGACUAAAAAUAAAAAAUAAACGAGAUAACUAAUGUAAAAUAUACUGUGUAAAAUGUAUAUAGGUUCAGAACUUUUGUGAAACAUCACAGCAUAGUAGAAAAAUAUAUGGCAAAUAGAAAUCAAAACUGGAUGGUGUUCAGAGGUAGAUGAGAGGUGUUGAGGGGAGCUGAAGGGUGGGAUUAAAAACAAACAAAUGAUAACUAAUGUAAAAUAUACCUUGUCCCUAAAAUGUAUAUAGUAUGUAUAAGCUGGAAGUGGAAGCCUAAGUGUUGUUGUCCAUUAGUUUACUCCAAUUAGGUGAGGGGUGGUAGGGUUAGGGGAAAAUAAUAAAGGAAAAUACUGUAUAUACAUAAAAAAUAUAUACAGUGAGGGAAAAAAGUAUUUGAUCCCCUGCUGAUUUUGUACGUUUGCCCACUGCCAAAGAAAUGAUCAGUCUAUAAUUUUAAUGGUAGGUUUAUUUGAACAGUAAGAGACAGAAUAACAACAAAAAAAUCCAGAAAAACGCAUGUCAAAAAUGUUAUAAAUUGAUUUGCAUGUUAAUGAGGGAAAUAAGUAUUUGACCCCCUCUCAAUCAGAAAGAUUUCUGGCUCCCAGGUGUCUUUUAUACAGGUAACGAGCUGAGAUUAGGAGCAUGCUCUUAAAGGGACUGCUCCUAAUCUCAGUUUGUUACCUGUAUAAAAGACACCUGUCCACAGAAGCAAUCAAUCAAUCAGAUUCCAUACUCUCCACCAUGGCCAAGACCAAAGAGCUCUCCAAGGAUGUCAGGGACAAGAUUGUAGACCUACACAAGGCUGGAAUGGGCUACAAGACCAUUGCCAAGCAGCUUGGUGAGAAGGUGACAACAGUUGGUGCGAUUAUUCGCAAAUCGAAGAAACACAAAAUAACUGUAAAUCUCCCUCGGCCUGGGGCUCCAUGCAAGAUCUCACCUCGUGGAGUUGCAAUGAUCAUGAGAACGGUGAGGAAUCAGCCCAGAACUACACGGGAGGAUCUUGUCAAUGAUCUCAAGGCAGCUGGGACCAUAGUCACCAAGAAAACAAUUGGUAACACACUACGCCGUGAAGGACUGAAAUCCUGCAGCGCCGCAAGGUCCCCCUUCUCAAGAAAGCACAUCUACAUGCCCGUCUGAAGUUUGACAAUGAACAUCUGAAUGAUUCAGAGGAGAACUGGGUGAAAGUGUUGUGGUCAGAUGAGACCAAAAUGGAGCUCUUUGGCAUCAACUCAACUCGCCGUGUUUGGAGGAGGAGGAAUGCUGCCUAUGACCCCAAGAACACCAUCCCCACCGUCAAACAUGGAGGUGGAAACAUUAUGCUUUGGGGGUGUUUUUCUGCUAAGGGGACAGGACAACUUCAACGCAUCAAAGGGACGAUGGACGGGGCCAUGUACUGUCAAAUCUUGGUUGAGAACCUCCUUCCCUCAGCCAGGGCAUUGAAAAUGGGUCGUGGAUGGGUAUUCCAGCAUGACAAUGACCCAAAAAACACGGCCAAGGCAACAAAGUAGUGGCUCAAGAAGAAGCACAUUAAGGUCCUGGAGUGGCCUAGCCAGUCUCCAGACCUUAAUCCCAUAGAAAAUCUGUGGAGGGAGCUGAAGGUUUGAGUUGCCAAACGUCAGCCUCGAAACCUUAAUGACUUGGAGAAGAUCUGCAAAGAGGAGUGGGACAAAAUCCCUCCUGAGAUGUGUGCAAACCUGGUGGCCAACUACAAGAAACGUCUGUCCUCUAUGAUUGCCAACAAGGGUUUUGCCACCAAGUACUAAGUCAUGUUUUGCAGAGGGGUCAAAUACUUAUUUCCCUCAUUAAAAUGCAAAUCAAUUUAUAACAUUUUUGACAUGCGUUUUUCUGGAUUUUUUUGUUGUUAUUCUGUCUCUCACUGUUCAAAUAAACCUACCAUUAAAAUUAUAGACUGAUAAUUUCUUUGUCAGUGGGCAAACGUACAAAAUCAGCAGGGGAUCAAAUACUUUUUUCCCUCACUGUAUAUACAGCUGCGGAAAAAAUUAAGAGACCACUGCAAAAUUAUCAAUUUCUCUGGUUUUACUAUUUAUAUGUAUGUGUUUGGGUAAAAAUAACAUUUUUGUUUUAUUCUAUAAACUACUGACAACAUUUCUCCCAAAUUCCAAAUAGAAAUGUUGUCAUUUAGAGCAUUUAUUUGCAGAAAAUGACAACUGUUCAAAAUAACAAAAAAUAUGCAGUUGUCACGAUCGUCGUAAGCAACGGACCAAGGCGCAGCGUGAUAUGCGUACAUCUUUUAAUGAGUACUUAUUAACAAUAACAAAACAACAAAACGAUACGUGAAGUCCUAAGGUUAACAAAACACAAACCUCUCCGGAACAAGAUCCCACAAAUGACAAGUGCAAAACAGGCUGCCUAAGUAUGGUUCCCAAUCAGAGACAACAAGCCACAGCUGCCUCUGAUUGGGAACCACCCCGGCCAACAUAGAACACAUGAACUAGAACAUGAACAUAGAACACUAAACAUAGAAACUAACACCCUGGCUCAACAUAUAAGAGUCCCCAGAGCCAGGGCGUGACAGUACCCCCCCCCCCCCCCCCCCCCAAAGGCGCGGACUGCAACCGCGCCAACUAAACCCAACAGGGGAGGGGCCGGGUGGGCAUUCCGCCUCGGAGGCGGAUCUGGCUCCGGGCGUGACCACCACUCUCUAGCUACCCCCCCGUAGCGCCCCUGGUCUGGUCCCGCUGGCUGGAGCUGGACAUCGGUGGAGCGGAUUGCUUAGGCUCCGGUGUGGAGCAGCUGACCGGUACCUGACCAGGCACCGGUGGAACAGGCACGGGCUGUGCCGGACUGAUGACGCGCACCACUGGCUUGGUGCGGGGAGCAGGAACCGGCCGGACCGGGCUGGCAACGCGCACCACUGCCUUGGUGCGGGGAGCAGGGACGGGCCGGACCGGGCUGUCGACGCGCACCACUGGCUUGGUGCGGGGAGCAGGAACGGGCCGGACCGGGCUGACGACGCGCACCACUGGCUUGGUGCGAGGAGCAGGAACAGGUCGGACCGGGCUGACGACGCGCACCACAGGCUGUUCAUGUUCAUUUUCAAACAACACAAUAGUAAUGUUUUAACUUAGGAAGAGUUCAGAAAUCAAUAUUUGUUGGAAUAACCCUGAUUUUCAAUGACAGCUUUCAUGCGUCUUGGCAUGCUCUCCACCAGUCUUUCACAUUGAUGUUGGGUGACUUUAUGCCACUCCUGGCGCAAAAAUUCAAGCAGCUCGGCUUUGUUUGAUGGCUUGUGACCAUCCAUCUUCCUCUUGAUCACAUUCCAGAAGUUUUCAAUGGGGUUCAGGUCUGGAGAUUGGGCUGGCCAUGACAGGGUCUUGAUCUGGUGGUCCUCCAUCCACACCUUGAUUGACCUGGCUGUGUGGCAUGGCACAUUGUCCUGCUGGAAAAACCAAUCCUCAGAGUUGGGGAACAAUGUCAGAGCAAAAGGAAGCAGGUUUUCUUCCAGGACAACCUUGUAUGUGGCUUGAUUCAUGCGUCCUUCACAAAUACAAAUCUGCCCGAGUCCAGCCUUGCACCUCCAGAUCAUCACCGAUCCUCCACCAAAUUUCACAGUGGGUGCGAGACACUGUGGCUUGUAGGCCUCUCCAGGUCUCCGUCUAACCAUUAGAUGACCAGGUGUUGGGCAAAGCUGAAAAUUGGACUCAUCAGAGAAGAUGACCUUACUCCAGUCCUCUACGGUCCAAUCCUUAUGGUCUUUUGCAAACCUCAGCCUGGCUCUUCUUUGCUUCUCAUUGAUGAAGGGCUUUUUUCUAGCUUUGCACGACUUCAGCCCUGCCCCUAGGAGCCUGUUUUGAAAAGUCCUCGCCAUGCACUUCACCCCAGCUGCCGUUUGCCAUUCUUUUUGUACGUCACUUGAUGUCAUCCUACGGUUGUUGAGUGACAUUCGAAUGAGUUGGCGGUCAUCCCGGUCAGUAGAGAGUCGUUUUCGCCCUCUGCCGGUCUGUAGCUUUGUUGUCCCCAAUGUCUGCUGCUUGACCUUGUUCUUAUGAACCGCCGUCUUUGAAAUUUUAAGGAUGGAAGCAACCUGACGCUCACUGUAUCCCUCUGCCAGUAAAGCCAGAAUUGAACCCUUCUUUUCCUCACUCAAAACUUUCCUUUUCAACUCUUUUGGCAUGGUCAAUAGUUAUUUUUUGAUUAAUAUUACUUUUGAGGUACUAUUAGCACUGUUUUUGCCAUCCAGCUGGUCCUAUUGCAAGAGGAUAGUGAUGACCACAGCAGUGGUUUUUAUACUUUUCCUCGUUAAAUAAGAUUUGGUUCAUGUGAUCACCUAAUCAGUACCUAAUUCAGUAGAAUGAGGUGUGCCUGUGUUGGAAUUCAACAGACACUGGAAUGGAAUGGCUGUCAUACAUGUAGAGAUGCUGAUUUAAGAAAAAGUUGCAGUGGUCUCUUAAUUUUUUCCAGAGCUGUAUAUACACUACCGUUCAAAAGUUUGGGGUCACUUAGAAAUGUCCUUGUUUUCGAAAGAAAAGCAAUUUUUUGGUCCAUUAACAUCAAAUUGAUCAGAAAUACAGUGUAGACAUUGUUAAUGUUGUAAAUGGCUAUUGUAGCUGGAAACGGCUGAUUUUUAAUGGAAUAUCUACAUAGGCGUACAGAGGACCAUUAUCAGCAACCAUCAGUCCUGUGUUCCAAUGGCACAUUGUGUUUGCUAUUCCAAGUUUAUCAUUUAAAAAGGCUAAAUGAUCAUUAGAAAACCCUUUUGCAAUUAUGUUAGCACAGCUGAAAACUGUUGUGCUGAUUAAAGAAGCAAUAAAACUGGCCUUCUUGAGACUAGUUGAGUAUCUGGAGCAUCAGCAAUUGUGGGUUCGAUUACAGGCUCAAAAUGGCCAGAAACAAAUAACUUUCUUCUGAAACUCGUCAGCCUAUUCUUGUUCUGAGAAAUUAACGCUAUUCCAUGCGAGAAAUUGCCAAGAAACUGAAGAUCUCGUACAACGCUGUGUACUACUCCCUUCGCAGAACAGCGCAAACUGGCUCUAACCAGAAUUGAAAGAGGAGUGGGAGGCCCCGGUGCACAACUGAGCAAGAGGACAAAUAGGAAGCAUGGGGUGAAAUCUCUUCACAUUACCUCAACAAAUUGACAACUAGAAUGCCAAAGGUCUGCAAGGCUGUAAUUGCUGCAAAUGGAGGAUUCUUUGACGAAAGCAAAGUUUGAAGGACACAAUUAUUAUUUCAAUUGAAAAUCAUUAUUUCUAACCUUGUCAAUGACUACAUUUCCUAUUCAUUUUUGCUAUAUUUCCUAUUCAAACUCAUUUCAUGUAUGUGUUCAUGGAAAACAAGGACAUUUCUAAUUGACCCCAAACUUUUGAACGGUAGUAAAUAUAUAUUUAUAAAACAAUAUCAAUGGGGGAUUGGAAAUGAUGCAGACAAUUACAUUGAUAGAAGCCACAAUAUAUAUGCAAUAUUAAAGCUGAUCCACCCCCUAAAAAAAACAAAUGCAUGCACACACACACAAUCUCUUUGAGAGUCAUAUAGUUCUCUGCGUCACAUCCUGUCAUAGUGACUAG